CCCGUGAAUGGAAGUGCAAGAAUCCCAUUGAAGCAACGAUCGCAAGCCAAGCCUCAACUCACGAUCUACCGUCGGGUCUAAAAAAGGAAAUGGGAAAAUGGCGUGGACGUUUUUAUGUUUUUGCUGCAGAAGCGAAAGCUAUGAAUGAAGAAUGGUAA